GUUUCCACACUUCCUUCCCACGACAGAAAGAGAGCGGGGAAAUUUGACAGUCACCGAAUAAUGUUACAAAGUAACAUUGGGGUUGUUUUUUGACAUUAUUAAACGGGUAGUUUGCCAAAGUUUGUUUCGCGAGUCAAAAGAGAUUUAUCCAUAAACAAACAUUAUCGAUCUAACCUGCCGUCCGACGCAAAAUGAGGACUUUAGAGGAGGUUCAGGCCACUCUGGAGAUCGCCAAGCUGAAGGAGGAAGAUCUGCAGAAAACUAUUCACUGUCUGUCUUUCGGGGACAACGUUUCUUCUGCAGACUACUGCUUGAUGGAGCUGGACGACACACUGUGCAAGCACAUAGAAGCUGGACAAAGUCUAGUGAUUCGAGGGGAUAAGGAUGAGCGUGCUGUCCUCUGCAGUGGCGACAAGACGUAUGAUCUAAAAAUAGCGGACACAUCCAACCUGCUGCUGUUUGUACCAGGAUGCAGAACACCAGACCAACUGACUAACAGCCAGGACAGCUCUCAUGUGGUACACACUCAGAUCUGGGGAUUUUGUAACAGCUACUGGGAACUACGGAAACAUCGUCCUAAACUGAAGAAACUAAAGAAAAUUUUAAUGGAGAAUCCUUAUGAAGGACCUGCUAUAAGAGGGCAGGAGGAGAAUACUGAAAACAGGUACACAAUGGAGGAUCUGUUGGAGAGGAUCCAGGCCAGUGAAGAGGAGAUAAAGACCCACCUGGAGACCAUCCAUGCCUGUCAGAUAGAUGGCUACUGGCGUGUUCUGGACUUUGACUACGAGAUGAAGCUGCUCGGUCACGUGACUCAGCUGGUGGAUUCUGAGUCGUGGUCCUUCAACAAGGUUCCCCUUCAAACCUGUCUGGAAGAGUUAGCUCCACUAGAACCCAAAGAGAUGAUCGAGCACUGUUUGAACUGCUAUGGGAAACACUAUAAUGAAAACGACAAAGUUUUUUAUGCACUACAUGAGGAUAAAGUGUGUCGGGGCCUGGCACUACUGCUUCUGCAAAAUGCUGUCAAGUUCAACCUGAGGGAGUUUCAGGAAGUCUGGCAGCAGAGCGUCCCAGAGGGCAUGAGCACAAGACUGGACCAGCUAAAGAGACCUGUGUGGAGAAAAACAGACCACCGGAGCCCUCCUGACCAAAUAUGCUCGCUCUUCAAUGCAAAAUGGCAUCAAGGUCUUCAACUCCAGAAGGCCUGUGGCUACAUGAACAUUUCCACUGUCAACAAAAUGAAUGUUGUUGUUUAUUCCCAAAUUGAUCUUUGCAACUUUCAGUUAUUUUACAUAGAAUUAAAAAUGCGUUGUGCCCGUCGAAAGCAUUUAUCAGUUAACUAUCUUGAAGCGGUUUAACUACGUAGCUUGUAAAGUGUAUGAUCCAAAUAACCUAUUGAAAUUCAAAUGUUAAGACGUUUUUGUCAGUAAAACCAAACCUGACCUUUAUUAUAUUUCAGCUGUUAUUUUGUCUGUUAAAAAAAUGCUACAUGUUGGUAAUAAAAGACAUUUUCAUAA